CAUACAAUGUGUAUAUUGUUGCUGUCACAUAUUUGAUUUGUAACAUGUGGCCAUCUUAAUUUUAUUUGUAUUAUUAGCUUUGGAAACGUUGCGGUAGAAGAUGCAAUUUAGGGAUUUAUUUCGUUGUAAUUUAUCACAAAUCUAAGCGAAUGUAACAAUUUAUUUAUAUUUAAUUGUAAGACAUUAGAAUACACGAAAAUGGCGAGCAAGUUUCAACAAAACAGCAAUAUCGCCGCCCAAAAUCAGCUGGCGCAUUGGUUGAAUGAAACCGGUAUGUCAGAUGGGCAUAAGAAAGCUGACUUACUUCGGAAAUCCAUUGAGCUACUGCUGCAUCAGUGUUCUCACAUGCUGCCCACACACUUGGAGAAUGUACUUAGCUACGUCAGUGAUAAAUCAACUGAUAUAAAGAAGCAGGUGGUUGGUUUUAUAGAGGAAUUAAGCAAAAACCAUCCACAAUUUCUUCCAAAAAUCAUCAGCCAACUCCGGCUCUUGGUGCUGGACAGUGUGAUAGCUGUUCAGAAGAGAGCCAUCCAGGCAGCCAGUAUUGUUUAUAGAAAUACACUAUUAUGGAUUUGCAAAGAGAAUGGAGAGUUGUCCGAGCUGCAGUUUGUUUGGGACAACCUUAAGGAGUUGAAGUUAUUAGUACUAAACAUGAUAGAUAGUGACAAUGAGGGUAUCCGUACACACUCAAUAAAGUUCCUGGAGGAGGUGGUGCUUCUGCAGAGCCCCAGUGGCUCCGGGGAGGAAGACUUCUGCCUCGACAACCUGCCGAGCCACCUUCCGUUUAUAAACAGACAUGCACUUGAAGAGGAGUCCGAACAUAUCUUUCAACUACUAGUGAAAUUCCACAACUCCCAACACAUAUCUAGCGUAAACUUGAUGGCUUGUAUGACAACACUUUGCUUACUUGCAAAAUUUAGACCCAAAUACAUGCCCAGAGUCAUACAAGCGUUGGGCGACCUCCACACCACCCUGCCUCCAACUCUAUCCCAAUCUCAAGUAAACUCAGUAAGGAAACAGUUGAAAAUGUUAAUUGUCAACUUAAUAAGACAUCCUUCUUCAGCGGAUAUGAUUCCCCAAUUGACUCAAUUGCUAGCUGAUAUUGGUAUGUCAGCCCAAGAGAUCAACAAACUCGUGCCCAAAGACCGAAGGUACAAGAGAGUUGGUGACGUCAAGAAUGGUCACACUCCUGCUAAGAGGUUGAGGAUUGACUCUCCGCAUAGCAACAGCCAGGGAAGCGACAGUAAUAGUCGAAGUGACUUUACCUUGUUUGACGAUGACAGCAGUCAAGGAGCUUCCAAGUCAGCUCCAAUAGUCACUGAAGACACUAUCUUCGACGGUCUCAACAAUGUUGAUAACGUAGUCAAUCUUGUAAUGUCGACUUUAUUGAACUGUCUACCGACCGAAAUGCCAAGCAACUUCGCGAGCCUCUACAAUCCUAUACCCAACUCAGGCACCAAGGUCCAAAAGCGUCACCUAGCUAAACUAACGUAUGCUCUGAUCAAAAACGAGCCCGAGGUGCCCCCACAACCGCUGCUAUCUGACAUUGCGGCAAAAAUACCUUUGCUAAGAGAAGAAGAAGAGAAAAUAACCCUUAAGAACGCUGUAGCUAAGUUACAAGAGUCAACAAAAGCAGAAAGGCAGAAGGAAAAUGCAGUCUCCAAGCUUAUGGAGGAGACUAGGCAGGAAUAUCUGAAAGACGAAGAGAGACGCAAUAAAGACAAAGAGAAACCGGCGGUACCACCAACUCCCACCAUUCCGAAGUUAAAACAGAAAGUCAAGUUCCUUAAAUUGCAGGAAAUAACACGUCCGAUACCAAAAGAUAUAAAAGAAAAGCUAAUGCUGCAGGCAGUGGAAAGGAUCUUGGGAGCGGAGAAAGAAGCGGCUAUAGGGGGUGCAUCGCAAAUCCGGGCUAAACUCAUAACAAUAUUCGCAUCAAGUUACACGCCAGAGAUACGGGAAUUGAUACUAAAUUACAUACUAGACGAUCCUGUUAAUAGAAUUGAUUUGGCUCUUUCGUGGCUAUACGAAGAGUAUGCUUUGAUGCAAGGUUUUAAUCGUCACCCUGUCACUCUACAGCCAAAAAUGCAUGAGAAACACGACCAGAACUAUAACCAAUUACUUUGUGCUCUGAUUACUCAAAUAGCAGAGAGAGGGGAUCCUAUUAUGGAAGCAAGCAAAGACUUGCUACUGAGAAAGGUGUAUUCUGAGUGUCCAGUGGUUACUGAAGAGGCAGUGGAUUAUCUGAAGCAUUUGGUCACUGAAGAUAAAGUGGCGAUGUUGGCACUGGAACUGCUUGAAGAGUUGUGUAUUAUGAGGCCGCCGCGUGCGCAUAAAUAUGUCACAUCACUCCUGUGCCAUGUGUUAAGCGAGAGCGAAGAAAUCCGCGAGUUUGCGUUGAAGGCCUCCGUGAAGAUAUACAAGCGGGGCACGGAGUCCGUCCGCCGAGUGAUCGAGAAGCAAGCGUUGUUGUACCUCGGUUUUAUGUCUCUGCCGAUCCCCCCGACCGAGGUGAUGCCACGGCACACCCGCGUGUGGAACGAUGACGCUUACAAACUUUGUCUGAAUCUAACUAUGGCGCUGUUCCCAGAGAAUGAAGAGCUGAUAGUGGAAGUGGGUCGCGUGUACGGCGCGGCGGGCGCGGAGGCCAAGCGCGUCGUGCUGCGCGCCAUCGAGGGGCCGCUGCGGGCGGCGCAGUGGCCGCAGGGGCCGCAGGGGGCCCAGGGGCCGCAGGGGACCCCGCCCGGGGGCCUGCACCCCGCCUGCCGCGCGCUGCUGCAGCACUGCCCGCGCGGCGCCGAGACCCUGCUCACGCGCCUCGUGCACAUACUCACGGAGAAAGCGCCGCCGUCCCCGGAGCUGGUGUCGCGCGUGCGCGAGCUGUACGCCACGCGCGUGUCCGACGUCAGGUUCCUCAUUCCGGUCCUCACGGGACUCACCAAGAAGGAG